AGAUGAUCCAAGGUGUGCAUUCUCUACACCUGUCCGGUGAAGGUCUCCUCUUCUCGGGGUCUCUGCUCCUCUCUGUCCCCUCCUGCUGGUUCUUCUGCCUCCUUUCCGCCUCUCUCAUGACCGACGCGGCGAACGCGACGUCGCUGACGCUGCACGGCCUGCGGCAGCUGUCUGACCAGCGGCUGCUCUUCUUCAUCCUCUUCCUCGCGGCCUACGUGUUCGCGCUGUGCAGCGACGGCCUCGUGCUGGUGGUGAUCUGCACGCACCGCGGCCUCCAUAGGCCCAUGUACGCGUUCGUGGGCGCGCUGCUGCUGAACUCGCUGGUGGGCGGCAGCGCGCUCUACCCGCGGCUGCUGUGGGAGCUGCUGUGGGAGGGGGACUCUGUGAUCGUGACCCUGCCGGCGUGCGCGUGUCAGGCGUGGGUGCUGUACACGCUGGGCACCUCGGCCUUCAUGCUGCUCGCGGCCAUGGCGUUCGACCGCUACGUCGCCAUCUGCCAGCCGAUGCGCUACGCCGCGCUGGUGUCGCCGCGCGUGGUGGGCGCGCUGCUGCUGUUCUGUUGGCUGAUCCCCGCCGCGAUGAUUGGCGGCACCGUGCUUCUGGCCGCGCGCCUGCCGCACUGCCGCGCUCAGGUCGACAGGCUCUACUGUGACUUAUACAGUUUGAUUAGAAUCAGCUGCGGCGGCGGCGGGGCGCAGCUGAGCGAAGUCUUGGCGCUGUUGUCCUUCACGGCCACCGUCCUGGUCCCCGCCGCCUUCGUGCUCUUCACCUACAGCAGCAUCCUCUUCGUCUGCGUCUGCCGCACGCGCUCCUUCAGCGGCAAAGCGCUGCGCACCUGCCUGCCGCACCUGCUGGUCUUCCUCAACUACAGCGGCUGCUCCGCGGCGGAGCUGCUGCAGCGCCGCCUGCAGGCCGCCGACCAGCCUGCAACGUCGGUGCUGACCUCCGUGCUGGUGGUUCUGGUUCCGACCGUGUUGAACCCGGUGGUGUACGGCCUGAACAUGAGCGCCAUCACCGAUAAAGUCAGGCGGCUGCUGGGCAGCAGAAAAACGGACUGAAAUGUGGAAUUUGAUCCUGUUUUCUAGAUCUGGAAAUGUGAGGAGAAAGGAAAACAGAUUAUAACCUCCGUUAUGAUUUGUGUUUUAGGGCUUCUGCUCUGUUUUGAAAAAUGAAUAAUUUCCUCUUGUUGUAGUGAUGUGUAUAUAUAUUCAAAAAAUGUUUUAAAUUAAAUGUUGGGCUGAUAUGAAAAGAAACCCCCUCUGUUUUAUUUUUUCUGUUUUUUUUCGUGAUGACACAUAUUUUCAGCAUUAAAUGGAUGCUGCUGGCCUGAAUAAUUAUGAAUUUGUAUAGAUUUGUUUUUUCUAGUGUGUCAAAU